UAAAAACUCAUACUAUGAAGUCGAAUGCUAAUUGCACGUUAUGUCCGCAGCUCCGCCAAAUUGUGCUGCAGGGGCAAGGGGACCCAGGAACAGCAGCCAGAGAGCAAGUCUCUGAUGAUUUGAUAGAACAUUAUUACAAUGCAAGGGGAGGCGCGUCGGGAGAGUGGCACAAACUAUAACCGUUGCUCAGAACCAUUUCGACUUCAUUCGGGACGCCGCUGAGACUAGCAGGGCUGCACUGGGAUAUCACACUGAACACUCAGGAAUAAAACAGCUCUCGAGCCUCACAGAAAACAAAUCCGUGGAGAGAUUGAGGAUCUUAUAAAAAGCAACCGAACACCAGCUUCAUAAACACUAGUAUUGACCACUGUUAUAUAGCGUUCACAUUUUAGAUAUUUUAAACACGUCGAUGUAAAGGUGAGGGGUGGCAACGUUUGGCGUUUCUGACUAACUGGAUUUUCCAACUCAUCCGAUCUAAACAAUUCUGCAGGCUGGUGUGCGACUACCUUUCCGCCUGCUUUUCCAGAACGUACAAUGUGAAGAAGUAUCAUCUAGCCCAUUAAAAAAAAAAAAAAAAAAAAAAAAAAUAAGUUACUUUCCCUGAGUGAUGGUACUGAAGUUUCACACAUUAGGAGCCCCAUUUCAGCUCCUCGUUUAUAUUUUGUUCUUAUUGUUGGGCAAAUCUAAAUUAAAACGAAAUGAGGAUCACAGCUUGCUAUUUGAUAAUCUCUUCGUUCUACCUGUGGUUCGCCUUUGCUGAGGAAGCAGAGAUUCCCCAAGAACUUAUUGAAAAACUGUCUCACAGCGAAAUCCGCAGCAUAAGCGAUCUGCAGCGCCUCCUCGAGAUUGAAUCCGUAGGAAAUGAGGUUGUAGCAGAAUCAAAGACGAGAUACCACAAGGAUCAUUCUUCAAGCCACGUGGACAAGCACACCCAGAUAUUAAUAAGAAGAAAACGAAGCAUUGAGGAAGCAGUGCCCGCGGUGUGCAAGACGCGGACAGUCAUCUAUGAGAUCCCUCGCAGCCAGAUCGACCCGACUUCCGCCAACUUUCUGAUAUGGCCGCCUUGCGUGGAGGUGAAGCGCUGCACUGGCUGCUGCAACACCAACAAUAUGAAAUGCCAGCCAUCGCGGAUACAUCACAGAACUGUGAAGGUUGCAAAAGUGGAGUAUGUGAGGAGAAAACCUAAAUUAAAAGAAGUGCUGGUGAGAUUAGAAGAGCACUCCGAAUGCAUGUGCACGUCGCAGCAUUACCACACAGAGCACAAAGAAGCAGAAACAGGAAGGACUAGGGCCACAGGUAUAAAAUGGAAACGCAAAAAGCUAAAACGCAACAAGGAUUUAUUGCCAACAUAAAAACAUACCUGGGACCCGUUUGCAGCAAAGCAGAUGUGAGGUGAAAAGAAGCUACGGAAGGACUGCUGUCUGGGGUCCGAUGCACUUCGACACAUUGAAUCCCUGAACUGAUCUGCCAAAGAUGCUUUCUGACAAUUCUUCUGAAAUGUGAAAACACAAAAAAAAACCUGCUUGCAGGAACAUAUUACCGCGGAAGGACAAAAGGAACAACGUGCGUUUGUUUUAUUGUGACAUAAAAAAGAAGCAAGCACUGUGCGACGAAGGAACGGAGGGUUCGUAAGAGCACGGCGAGUGAAUCAAGGAGCAGCAGUGGAGCAGCCAGAGGUGCUUUCGUCCCCAAUUCUGGCUGCUUUCUAAAGGCUCUAGUUGACUUUGUGAGGUGUGGAUUAAAAGCUAUUUGGAAUCUGUUGACAUGUUGUGGAAAAUUCUAGCACAGUGGAUCGAAUCUUCGUUGGAAGCCUUGUACAGUACAGUCUGUUGUGUCUCGAGUUUGUAAAAAGCUUCCUAUAAGCUUUGUUUAACCUUCAUUAUUUGGUGGACAACAUGUACUUUAUUUACAGAAGACCACACGCCCUAUUUCACACAGUUACGGCCUCUGCUAAUAACAUUUAAUGAACUGUUUAAAGACGGUUUAUCUAGAGCAACGCAUUUCCUUAAAGUAUUUGUUUCGCAAACACGUGGGUUUUAAUAAUUUAAAGCGUUUAUGUAAAAAUAAAACAGAACAAAUCAUAGGAUAUCCACAAUUCCUUUCUAUAUCGGUAUAGUUGAACUCUUAUUAUACAGGUGUGGCUAUGUGAAAUGUAGAAAGUCUGGACUAGCUGCAUUGUUCAAUGUAAACUGUAGCCACACAUUUACUGUAUUUGAAAAAAAAAUUAAAAUUAUUUUUGGUAAUGUUAUGCUUACUUAUAUUCAACAUGAAAUAUGUUUUGUUUUGUAUUGGUGAAAUGUUUGUAUUUUUACCAUGUUCAUAAACCAUAUUUUUUUAUAUAGCAUCGCAGUAAAAGAUGUGUAUGCUUUUCCUGAACCAAAACUGAAAUCCCAUUUCAAUUCUACAGGGAGUAUUUAACAUGUACAGUCUGAUGGAGAGGCAAAUAUGAGCUGUAAUACAAAGAAAACGCAUCCAUGCAGACAUUACUGUAAAACAGAGAUCAACAUCAGCAGGGUGUGCAGAUCAUUCAGUUCAUUGUACGCUUUGUAUUUUAAUUCACCUAAACCAGAAAUCUGUGGUAUUUAAAC